AUGAAAAUAAAAUCAAGGCAAAUAAAUAAUUCUGACAUGAAAUCACACGUCAAAUUAAAAAAUAUUUCGGAACGAGAUUUAUUUAUUAAAAAUUUAUUUGAAUUUUUCUCGGAACAAUAUAAUAUGCAACAAUAUACAAUGGCCCCAAACGUUAUAAAAAAAUAUCUUCGUGAUAAUGUUAAAAAUCCUAUCAAAAUUUUACAUAAUUUAAUUCAACAUCCUCUUCAAUAUUAUUUCUCCACUGUUAUACAUGAAAGUAAUACUGGACAAGAUCAAAAUUUAAAUAAAGCUUUUGAGAUUUAUCAAAAAUCAGCUAAUAAAGGAAAUCUUUUAGGUCAAUGUAAUUUAGGAAAUUGUUAUAUGUCCGAAAUGUGGGUUCCCAAAAAUCAAAUUAAAGGAUUUCAUUGGUAUCUCAAUUCUGCUAUUGGUAAUAUAUUUCAUGAAAAUUCUUGUACCGGAAAUAUUAUUGCAAGUAAUUGUCUUGGUUAUUCAUUUGAAAAUGGUGAAGGAAUAAUGAAAAAUCUCAAAUUAGCUUUUGAAUGGUACAUGAGAAGUGCCAAUAGUGGUUAUUCCAUAGCUCAAUGUAAUGUAGGAAAUUGUUAUUUCUUUGAAAUUGGAACUACUCAAGAUAAUAAAAAAGCUUUUGAAUGGUAUAGAAGAGCUGCUGAAAAUGAUAAUACCUUUGGUCAACUUCAAGCCGGACUUUUCCUUCUUGAUGAAAUAGGAAGACCUAAAGAUAUUAUAAAAGGAAUUUAUUAUUUAAACAAAGCAAAGGAAAAUGGUGGAAUUGACGCGACGGAUAAAAAUUCAUCUUUAAUUCAAAAAAAAACAAAAAUAUCAUAG